AUGAGUGAUUUACAUGCAAAGAAUGUAGACUGUUUCUUUUGGAAUGAGACUGAAGGAAAGCGUGUCGCGGUAGAAAUAGGAAGCUGUGUUUUAUCUUUCAUAGAAAUGCAGUUAGAGAACCAUCCCAGUGGCGACAUAGAUGUGAUAUUUUAUUCAGAUAACUGCUGCGGGCAGCAGAAAAACAAGUAUCUCUUAACUGCUUAUGCUGUGUUUAAUAUGAGAGUGAAAUCGAUCACCCAUAAAUUCUUGAUCAGAGGCCAUUCCCAGAAUGAAGGGGAUAAUGUUCAUAGUGUCAUAGAGAACUACACAAAGAAGUGA